AUGGGCGAGCUCCCGUUCUUCAGGGCGCACACAGCCUUGCACCCAGACCACCUGUGGAUCUGGGAGAGGUCCGUGUACGUGGACGAGAACCAGCGCACCUGGCUGCCCAUAACCAUCGAGACGGAGAGUAGCCUCCAGGUACUCAUGCGUCAGGAGGAUGUGUCCCUGGGGGAGGCUGUGUGCCCCAGCCUACUAGCCCCAUGCCCGCUGCCUUCCAUGUGGCAGCUCUACCCUGGAAGAAGAUACCGAGGCUCAGACUCGAGUUUCUGGCGCAUAGUGUACCACAUCGAGUUCAGUGGCAAGGAGGACAUGCUCCUUGAACAGCUGCCGGACCUGGAAGAUGAGUGA